AUGCCUUCUGGUAGGAGACGUGCGCGCGACGAGUCCGACGACGACGAAACCCAGCCCACGCAGCGACGCCCACGCUACGACUCGGACGAUGAGGGCGCCAACUCGGAGGCGAAUGGCGACGCGCAGACCGCAGACGAUCAGCUAGCCAAGAAGUUGGUCCGCCAUGCCAUCUCCUGCGAGUAUUCCCGCACGCCAAUACGACGUGACGGUAUCAAGGAAAAGGUCCUUGGUACCCAAGGACGAUCAUUCAAGAGGAUAUUCGCAUUGACACAGAAGCAAUUGCGCCUAGUCUGGGGCAUGGAGCUACGGGAAUUACCAGUCAGAGAAAAGAUGACAUUGCACGAGAAGCGAAAAGGUAUGGCAGAUCUAUUGCUAUUAAUAGAUGUGGCUAACCAUCCAGCCAUGGCUUCCAACGCACAACCCAAGACCGGUAGCGGUUCCUAUAUCCUGGUGUCGGUGUUACCCACAGCGUACCGGACUGCCGCCAUCGUCGCACCAUCCCGAGCACCAGGUAUCGAAGACGAAGCGACGUAUGUAGCAUUCUACACACUGAUUGUGUCGACCAUCUGGCUCAGCGGCGGCGAGCUCUCCGACCAGAAGCUCAAGCGUUUCCUGGAGCGUCUCAACUCGGAUCGCAACGUAUCCACCGAAAAGACCGAAAUGGUUCUCAAGAAGAUGGAGCGCCAGGGCUACGUUGUGAGACGGGUGGACCGACCGCCGGUUGGGCAAGACGGCGAGAGUGUGGUGACAUGGCACGUCGGGACACGUGCCAAGGAAGAGAUUGGUCUGGACGGUGUGCAGGGCAUGGUGCGUGAGGUGUACGGCGACAUGACCCCCGAGUUGGAGAAGAAGAUGAAGGCAAGUCUCAGGGUCAAGGACCGGCCGCGAGCCGAUGCCGAGGAGGAGCAGGGCGAUGCGACGCAGAUAGCAGAUCAAUCCGUCGCCGUAGAUGACGAGGAAUGA